GUGACUGCCGAUAGAAGCGGAGAUGGUCAAAGAAGACGAACGUCGUGGGGGUGUGAGGGACAAUCCAAAUCGGGGUGAGGAGCAGAGGGAGAAAGCAAAAUCAGGGAAGAAAAGAGGAGACAAAGGGGAGGAGGAAGGGACUUCCACGCCCCCAGCAAUAGCUAGGGACUGCGGCUCUGGAUUUUGGCAAGAUUAGAGACACACACAGCAGUAAGAAUGGACUCUCAGAGAGAGAGAGAGAGAGAGAGAGAAAAUUAGCCUUAUGUCUGAUUUCUCACCUCACCAAUAUUAGAACACAGACGAUUUAAAUUAUCAUGCAAUAUAAAUACAGACCAGUAUUGCACCAACAAUUAUGGUUACUUCCCUCGCACGUAGCAGUCAUUCAGAGAGAGAUGGUCAUCCACGGCCACGCACUGUCUCUCGAUCCGAACACGCCGAUCUCACUUAAUCAAAACAAGAUUAAGGCCAUAACUCCAAUUAAUUAACUCUCUUUAAUCCUCAUUUUAAUCUAACUAGUUUCCCCUACCAACCAUGUCGUCCCUCGACUCCUUUCCCAACGCCGACGAAUCCCACGACCCCCACCGCCCAGCCCUUCGACGACGAUGCCUACAUGGGCUACGACCCCGGCCUCCCUUCCCAAAAUUACGACUCCUCCUUCAACACCGCUACCCACGACGACGACGACUUCUCCUCCUCCGCCGUCGACCCUCCCCCUCCUCUCCACUCUGGUUUCCAGGACGACGUCGUUCUCCCCGGUGGUGACAACAGCGCCAACGUUAAUCAGCAGCAGCACUCCCCCGAGGUAUACGGCUUCGGCGUUUCCACUCCUAACCCGGAAUUCGUGUCACCUUUUGAUUCGGCGGUGCCCGAGGACAAUGGCGUAGGCGGUGGCGGCGAUGGUGAUGACGGGGACAUUUUCGCCUCUAGUGAGCCGGUGCUGCCUCCGCCGGAGGAGAUGCGAGAGGAAGGCUUUGCUCGCCGUGAGUGGCGUCGGUGAGCUCAGAUCCUAAUUUGUUGGCUUGAAUUCAUACUAUUUACUUGCAAAACUUCUGCUAAUUAUGACACGAUGAAAUUAACUAUUUGAUUAGGUUGUAUUUAAAAUGUGUUUAAAGAUUAAUAAUGUUGUGCAAUGUGCAUGCAUGGGAUUCAGGGGCUUAAUAACAUCUAGUUUAAUUUGAUUUCUGUAUCUGUGAUUCUGUGCUCAUUACCUUUUGUUCUUAGUUUGGGGUCUGAAUUAAUGACGUUGGGAUUUGUCCUUGUGUUUGAUAAUUGGGUUAUGCCUGUAAACCGCAUUUACUGUGUCUGAGUAUUGUGUGGGUGUAAAUUUGAAAUGGGGAGAGAGGACGUGCUCGUACGGUUCAAAGAAGGGUAUGAUCAACUCGUUGAUUGUUGGGAACUUUAAACUGAGCUUUGAUCUUGACUGAAUCCUUGCAUAAGUUGUUGAAUUUUUUCGUUAAGCUGAUUCCGAUCGUUGCUAUGGGAAUGAAUGGCAAGUCACAGA